AUGACAUCUCAACUUUCCUCGCUAGCUACGCUGCUGCUCCUAGGGUCCUUCCUAGCACCAGUCAGCUCGAGCGAGAUUCCUGCUCAAGCGCAAGUGAUUGACCAAAGAGCCUUCAAUGUCCUGGACACGACUCAGCCCCCAACCGAAUUCAAUGCGAAGAGUCUAUUUGUGCCUCCAGGGUCCACAGGAGACAGUCUAGCCCAGCAGCCUUUCCAUGUGUACGAUGAGGAAUUUCUGAAAAUCAUCGGAGAAACUCCAACUCUAACCCGGAUCGCACACUCCCCAAAGGACCCUCUAUUCCAUGAGGCGGUUGUAUGGUCGAAGGAAACGGAAGAGGUGUUUUUCGUCCAAAAUGCAGGCGCAAAAAACGCCAGUACCGGUCUUAGAAAGUCGGCUAUCAUCGAGAAGAUCUCUCUUGCGGACGCUGCUGCUGUCUCCCACAAGUCUGAUGCCGCGGGCCUUAUUGAUGUAACCACCGUUCCUUCUUCACCGACGGUUCUCAAUCCAAAUGGGGCUACCAAUUACCGGGGACAGAUUAUAUUCGCCGGUGAGGGUCAAGGUGACAAUGAACCGCCUGCUUUGUGGGUGAUGAACCCGAAGAGUCCAUACAACGCUACAGUCAUCCUUAAUAACUACUUCGGCCGACAAUUCAACUCCCUGAACGAUGUGGCCAUCCACCCGAAAAGCAAAGAUAUCUACUUCACAGACACGAUCUAUGGCUAUGCACAGGACUUCCGUCCUGCCCCCGGUCUGCAGGACCAAGUGUACCGAUUCAACCCCGAGACAGGUGCCGUGACAGUUGUCGCGGAUGGGUUUGACCAUCCCAACGGCUUCACUUUCUCUCCGGAUGGCAAGCACGCAUUUGUCGCGGAUACCGGAAUCGAUAGCGGCUUUUUCGGUCUCGACUUCACCCGCCCUGCCUCUAUCUACCGAUUUGAUGUGAAAGACGACGGCACACUCGACAAUCGCAAGACUUUUGCCUUUGUUCACUCUGGUGCACCUGAUGGCAUCCACUGCGAUUCAUGGGGUAACGUAUAUGCUGGCUGUGGCGACGGUGUCCAUGUCUGGAAUCCAUCUGGCAAGCUCAUCGGCAAGAUCUAUGUUGGAUCCAGUACGGCGAAUUUCAACUUCGCUGGAAAAGGCAGAAUGGUUAUCUGUGCCGAGACAAAUCUUUACUACGCCACGUUAGCCGCGGCCGGGAGUUAUGUUGACAGCGAGAUGUGA